AUGUCCAAGAAAAAUGCGUUAGUUCGAUUAACAGCUAUACAAAAUCAUAUCAGUAAUCAACCUAAACCAACAGGACCUACCGAUUUAACACGAGAACGAGAAAAUGCUACGUUUAAUGUUAAACAUAUGAAUUGGUUAUUUUGGGGCGAUAAAGAAUUCGCUGAAGCCCUGCAAGAUGCCUUCUUGAUUAUUCAACGUGAUCCGAAUCUUUGUUUUCCAGCAGGUCAUCAUUUUGAUUUGACUAGACCUGAACAACGUGAAUUUACUAUGAAACAAAUUUUUAGAUAUAGACAAUUGAGAGAAUCAUUGAAAAAUCCACUACUGAUUAAAGCGUUAGAAACUGCCAUGUCUAUAUAUUCAGAAAGUUUUAUGAUGAGAACCUAUGUGCAUGAUAUAUUAUUUUUACAAUCAUUUCAAGUGUUCGGUACAAAGGAACAAUAUGAUUCUUAUAUAGAUGACAUUUUAAAAUGGAAAGUUAUUGGAUGUUUUGCUAUGACAGAAUUGGGACAUGGUUCUUUCUUACGUGGAUUGGAAACAACUGCGACAUAUGAUAGUAAAACGGAUGAAUUUAUCAUUCAUUCUCCAACUUUAACUGCUACAAAAGUGUGGAUUGGAAUGGCGGGGCAAACUGCGACACAUACAAUAGCACUAUGUCAAACAAUCGUUAAUGGAAAGAUGUAUGGAGUAAAUUGGUUCAUAGUACAAUUACGAGAUCAAAAAAACGGAAGAUUAUUGACAGGAGUAACAGCAGGAGAUAUGGGAGAAAAAUAUGGAAGAAAUGGUUUGGAUAAUGGAUGGAUACAGUUUUCGCAUGUACGUAUUCCAAGAACAAAUAUGUUGAUGAGAUGGGCUAAAGUUACUCAAGAAGGAAAAUAUAUUCCUUCAGCGAAUCCAACGAUAUCUUAUUCUACAUUAAUUGGAGAAAGACUUACAGUAUUACCGGGAGCUGUUAGUACAUUUGGACAAAUUCUUACUAUUGCCUGUAGGUAUGGAUGUGUUAGAAAACAAGGAGCUAAUGAUGAACAAAUUAUGGAUUAUCAAUCUCAUUACGUUAGGCUGAUGCCAUGCGUUGCUAGUACUUACAUCAUAGAAAUCGUUAAUAGGAUGAUUAUGAAUAAAUGGCAAGAAAUUAUGAAAUUGGUACAAACAAAUCAAGAAGAAUUUGCUUCAUAUUUACCUGAUAUGCAUGCAAUAUCAACGGGGUUGAAGGCAACUGUAACGUGGUGGGGGUGUGAAGUUUUAGAAAGAGUUCGUAGAUCUUUGGGAGGUCACGCUUAUUCCUCUUAUAAUGCCAUCGCCGGAGCUAUUGGAGAUUGGGGCGUCGUUACCACAGGCAAGAAAAUUAUUGGUUCCGCAGAAUUUAUGAAUAACUUUCAACAAAUACGUUCAAUUACAAAAAGUACUUUGUCGGAUGAAGGUCAAUUAUUGGAUCUAAACUAUACAUUGGAGAUGUACACCUGGCUAUCUUCAUCAACAACAGAUGAAGAGACAACAUGGCAUAAUAAUCAAGUAUAUGCAGUUAAAUUAGGAGAGUUAUAUUCGUAUAGGUUUACAUUAUCAGAAUACAUGAAAGCCAUUGAAGAAUAUUCAUCAUCAAAAACCAGCGAAUUUAAAGCAUUAGUACCCAUAUUGACCAAAUUAGGAAACCUAUGGGCCAUACAUUUAAUUCAUGACUCGUUGGGAUUAUUUUUGGAAAGAGGAUAUUUCAAUGGAGAACAGGUUCAAAUGAUAAGGAAAUGUUAUUUGGAGUUGUGUAAGGAGAUAAGAAAGGAAUGCAUUCCUCUUGUUGAUUCCUGGGGGUACCCUGAUUUUGUUCUGAAAGCUCCUCUUGGAAAGUUUGAUGGUGACGUUUAUCCAGCUUACUUUAAUAUUAUGAGAGCGGCACCUGAUUGUAUUGGAGUUCCUAGUUAUUGGGAAAAAUAUAUUAAGCCGUUAACUAAUUCCUAA